AUGGCAACUAGUAGUGAAAAUGCACCUGGUCAUGAAUCAGUUGUUAUAGACAAUGAUGAAGGAAUAAAUGCUGAGAGUAAUUGAACGACUACUCAUAUCAAAAGUAAAGUUAUUAUUCCGUAGAAUAAUGAAUGUGUUCUUAUUGGUAAUAAAUCUUUAAUUUAAAAACUAAAACGAAUAUUUUAUUAUUAGAAAAAAGGUGUUAAAGGUAGUUUUGUUACCGUUAAUCGAUUUAAACACUUUGGCUUUAUCAAGCGGUAAUUAUGAUCCGUUUUUUUGGUAUUUAAUUUCAUUUGUUUUCCAGUAAAGAUAAAACUGAAUGGCCUGGUAUUUUUGCACGAGAAGCUUCAAUAAUGGAUCAGG